AUGAGAUUCUCUACAGUCAUUCUUGCAGGUUUGUUAUCGAGCAUAGUCCAAGCUGCUCCAGCAAACGUCCACACCGUGGUCCUCACCUCCUACACAACUGUCAUCGUUGACCAACACGGUGCCACAAUUACUCCAAGUGACAACGACAACAACCCCCCAGCUGCUGCUGCCACUGAAGCUCCAUCUGAGACUACUCCGGUCGCUAAAGCUGCACUUCCAACUGAGAAUGUCGUUGUCGAGGUUCCUUCUCCAGCAGCUUCACCAGUAACGACUCAAGCUGCACCCCCUCCUCCUCCACCUCCUCCAGCAGCUCCACCAGUAACGACUCAAGCUGCACCCCCUCCUCCUCCACCAGCACAAACCACCACCUCAAGCGCUCCAUCAACAACCACCACACAAGCCAACGGCGCCGUCCAAUCGGGCCAAGGCACCUACUACGACGUCGGCAUGGGCGCAUGCGGCGUCGUCCACUCCAACUCCGAGAACGUCAUCGCCAUCUCGCAUCAAUUGUUCGAUAAAUACACCCCCGGGGGAAAUCCAAACCAUAAUACCUUGUGCGGCAAGAAAAUCAGAGCUUCAUACCAAGGUAAAUCGGUCGAUGUCACUAUUGUGGACCGGUGCGAAGGCUGUCAGUAUAACGACUUGGACUUCUCGCCUACUGCAUUUGAAUCUAUAGCCGAUAAGGGUUUGGGACGGAUCCCUAUCACUUGGCAAUGGUUGGAUUCCAUCUAG